AUGACGGCUAAAGUGGAGGAUUCGCAGUGCCUAGCGUUCAUCACGCACCUUCCCGAGACGUAUCAGUCGAAUGAACCUCGCAUUGAUGAGACCCAGCUGGCCCGCCGCAAACGUCGACGCACCUCGCCUAGCGAGCUGAGUGUGCUUGAGGCCGAGUUCCGGGCCAACAACCGCCCCGCUCGCCAGGAUCGUGAACGCAUUGCUGGUCGAGUGGGCAUGACGGAGAAGGCAGUGCAAAUCUGGUUCCAGAACAAGCGCCAGCAGUGCCGGCGGCAGAAAAGCGACCCGGCCCGACGCUCAUCAAGCACUUCCAAUACCAGCAGUUCCAUGUCGAGCGGCGAAAGCUCGUUUGACUCCUCGAUGGGCACUCCGGCGACCCGAUCAAAUACCAUUCCUAAUGCGCCAGAGCUGUCCCCUAUUUCCCGCACUAUUAGCAUUUUUGGCUCGCAUCCCACCGAGAAUUCGUCUCCAUUGCCUUCCCCUCCUUCAUCUCAUUCCACCUUGGCUGGACCAACACAAUUACCGCAAUUCCUUGCUAAGCAGGCUCCGGCCACAUUGAACAGUAUACAAGAGCACGCAGACCCCCGUCCUGCUCUUGCCAAAAGAGCCAACACCGUCCGUCUCGCCAUGUCCGCUGACGGCAAGGCUGAAGUGGUGGUUCGGGCGCCUCUGCGGCCGCUCAACACCAACAACAUGACGCCGGUAUCCAACCGGCGGGCCACGCGAUUUGUUUCGCUUCCUUCGCCGCGUGAACUUCUUGAACGCGACGCUGAGGCGGCUCAAUGUCUCUUAUUUUUAAAAUCUGGACGCGGACACUAA